CCGAUGAACGCCAACCGCCCCGUCGCAUUCACCCCUGCCCUUCUGUUCAUUCUUCGCAGAGAGUGCUUUUGAGGGAGGACGGCAAGAGAAAGAGGGAGCCAUUCUCGGCUUGGAAGGGCGUUCUUGAGCUGCUUCUUCCCCCAGGCAGCUGCUGAUUGAGCUUCUGAGCUGGUGCCUUCUCGUUCUUUGGUCAGAGCUCGAUUUGCACUUCGUCUCCUGCGCACGUCUGAAGCACAGGCACUCUGCCUCAUUUCUUGCCUGCGAGAGCACCCUUUGAGGCCGAAGACAAGUCUCCAUUGUCAAGCUCGUUGCUGUCAAAAGUCGAGUCCCUCAGAUUCUGGAGAGACCUACCAAUCUGAAGGAUGGCGCAGCCAACUCCUUACUCGUACUUCCGGCCUCCUGUGCCUGUGGACCCUGCAAAUGGCCAGAAGGGCCCAGUGUUGACCCCAAUGUUUGACACACUAGGCAUUCCGCUUGCACCUGUUCCCACUGGACGGAUACAGUUUGAGCCCCCCAACUAUGGACCUGACGUGACAGUGGUUCCGCUUGCCCCUGCCCUUGAGAACCCCCUGCUACGGCUGCCCCCCAUGGGGGCCCAGGCAUCAUAUAUUGCUUCCCCCCCAAGGGGAAAGAGAGGAGAGGUUGUCCGGCCGCCAGAGGACCGAGAGGAGCGGCAGGCUUAUGAGGAAAAGAAGAAGUUUGCCAUCUCGCUGAUCAAGCGGUUGCCAAUGGACACGCGCAAGCUGAUCUGUGUGGCAGAGUACUUUAAGCACAUGGAACAGGGGAAGCUCAGGAAGCCAGAGGCGUUCAAGGCGGCUGGCGAGUCCGCAGGCACCAGUGCAAAGUCCGCGAUGAACUGGGUGGAGGACUUCACGGCGCGUGGCGACGGGACCUUCUCCGAGUCCAAGCGCGGGAAGCACGCCAAGAGCCCGUGGCUGCUGCAGGCGCCACACCUGCAGGCGCGCGCACAGCAGUGGCUCAAAGAGCAGACGGCGCCAGAAAGGGUCCCCCAGAAAAACGGCUCCCUGUCCAGAGCCUUCCAAGAGUACUGCAACAACGAGCUCCUGAUUGACGCGGAGGUCCCAAAACCAAAGAAACGGAAAACCGACGCAACCGAGGCUGUCGACGAAGAAGCGCCCCCUGAUGCUUCUGGAGCGCGAAGGAUCUCGCAAAAGACCGCGCGAGCAUGGUUACACAAGCUUGGAUAUGAUAGCAAGCACAAGGCCAUGGCCGGGGACGUAGACAAUGAGCUAGAUGUGACCGUUAUUGCGGGGCGCUUGCCGGGCGUGGAUGAUGGCCGGGAUCCUGAGGAUUUGCCCAUCGUGCAGCCCAACCAGUCGCUGCAAGAACAAUUACGGUCGUAGGGUCGUCCCUUGAAACUCAGAUUUUAUGUGGGGUUCAUGUGUACAUAGCGUUCGUGUAUGGAUUCCGUCUGCCCUGUCAGAUUGGACGCUCGAACUUCGGAUCAUGGGUUUUCCAUUAAGUUCGAUCGCGAUCGACGUAACUAGGAAGGCAGCAUGCCAAUCACAACUGCAUAGUCGCAUGGCUACGGAUAUCCAGUACGUACGAGCCUAAUGAAGC